CUCAGCCCCGACCGUCGUCUGCAGUUAGACUGGUUAGGUUAGUGAUAGUUGUUCAACAGGCUGGCUGACAGACAAGACAUGACCGUAUGUGUUCGCAUGACAGUUUAAUUUACUUGCUCCGUCUGAUUUGGCUCAGCUAUUUUUGCCGACAGUCGCUGAACUGAAAUUAGUUGACAGCUGUGAGAUAGCCUCCACCUGUUAUUUGCUAUUUAGAAAGGCUAAGUUAGCCGGCGUCAUCGUUACAGUUGACUGCUAGCUGUGAAUCAUAACAAGCUUUUCAACAUGCUGCAGUGAGUGAUGUACAUAGUGCUGAUAUUAACAAUGGCCAUAUGGAAGGCGGAAGGAUGCUCCGACGGAGAGCACUGCUUAACAGUAUUAGACAAUUCUACAAAAGACUACUGUUACUCAGCUCGGAUACGCAGCACAGUACUCCAAGGGUUGCCUUUUGGUGGGGUGCCCACUGUCCUAGCUCUUGACUUUAUGUGCUUUUUGGGACUGCUGUUUGUGUUCUCCGUCUUGAGAAAAGUGGCAUGGGAUUACGGACGCCUUGCACUGGUGACUGACGCUGAUAGAAGAAUGGAUCAACGCUACAGCCGUCUGGAUGAUCGGGAAUAUGUGGCUUCUGCCUUGGCAUCGGAUGCAACUGAACGCUAUGAGCGUCUCACCUCAGUUUCAAGCUCAGUGGACAUUGACCAGAGAGACACAGGCUUCUGCUCCUGGCUGACUGCUAUCUUCCGCAUCAAGGAUGAGGAGAUAAGAGAGAAGUGUGGCGAAGAUGCAGUACAUUACUUGUCCUUUCAGCGGCACAUCAUUGGCCUGUUGGUGGUAGUGGGCGUGCUCUCUGUGGGCAUCAUCUUGCCUGUUAACUUCUCAGGAAACCUACUAGAAAACAAUGCCUAUAGUUUUGGGAGGACCACUAUCGUAAAUCUGGAUGCAGAUAAUGCACUAUUGUGGCUGCACACCACCUUUGCGUUUCUCUACCUGUUACUAACAGUGUACAGUAUGAGACGGCACACAUCCAAGAUGCACUACAAAGAAGAUGACCUGGUGAAACGCACUUUAUUUGUCAAUGGCAUCUCCAAAUAUGCAGAGGAGACUGAGAUAAAGCAACACUUUGAGCAGGCAUAUGAAAACUGCUCUGUACUCGAAGCUCGCAUCUGCUACAACGUGGCCAGGCUUAUGUAUCUCAACUCUGAAAGGAAGAAGGCAGAGCGAAGCAAGAAGUUUUUUAUUGACUUGCAGACAAGGCAGCAUAUUACCACCAUGAUCAACCCAAAGCCUUGUGGACACCUCUGCUGUUGUGUCAUUAAAGGCUGCGAACAGGAAGAGGCUGUGAGCUAUUACACCAAAUUGGAAGCACAACUAAAGGAUGACUACAGGAAGGAGAGAGAGAAGGUUAACAGGAAACCUUUAGGGAUGGCCUUUGUCACCUUCCAGAAUGAGUCCAUUACUGCCAUAAUUUUAAAGGACUUUAAUGCUUGCAAGUGUCAGGGCUGUUACUGCCGUCGCGAGCCUAAAAGCUCUCAGUUCAACUCCAAGCUGCACACACACAACUGGACUGUCAGCUAUGCUCCGGAUCCACAAAAUGUUUACUGGGAGCAUCUGUCAGUGGGAGGAUUCUCCUGGUGGCUCCGCUGCCUCGUCAUCAACUGUGUCCUCUUCCUUCUCCUAUUCUUCCUCACCACCCCCGCUAUCAUCAUCUCCACCAUGGACAAGUUUAAUGUCACCAAACCAGUGGAGUACCUAAAUAAUCCAAUCAUCACCCAGUUCUUCCCCACCCUCCUUCUGUGGUCUUUCUCCGCCUUACUUCCUACCAUUGUCUAUUACUCUGCCUUCUUUGAAGCCCACUGGACCCGGUCAGGAGAAAACAGGACCACAAUGCAUAAGUGCUACACUUUCUUGAUCUUUAUGGUUCUGUUACUGCCCUCCCUAGGACUCAGCAGUUUGGAUGUUUUCUUCCGGUGGCUUUUUGACAAAGGAUUCUUGUCACAGGCUACAGUGAGAUUUGAGUGUGUUUUCCUCCCUGACAAUGGAGCCUUCUUUGUGAACUAUGUCAUUGCAUCCGCAUUCAUUGGUAACGCUAUGGACCUGCUGAGGAUCCCUGGUUUAUUGAUGUAUAUGAUCCGCCUCUGCCUGGCUCGCUCCGCAGCCGAGAGGAGGAAUGUUAAAAGGCACCAGGCCUAUGAGUUCCAGUUUGGUGCAGCCUAUGCCUGGAUGAUGUGUGUCUUCACUGUGGUCAUGACCUACAGCAUCACCUGCCCAAUCAUUGUCCCUUUUGGGCUGAUGUAUAUGUUGCUAAAACACCUAGCAGACAGAUACAACAUGUAUUAUGCCUAUCUGCCAUCCAAACUGGACAAAAAAAUCCAUUCUGGAGCUGUCAACCAAGUAGUGGCCGCACCCAUUCUUUGUCUCUUUUGGCUCCUGUUCUUCUCCACUGUUCGUUCAGGGUUGGCUGCUGGAACAUCCAUAUUUACCUUUGUGGUUUUAAUCCUAACAAUCAUCAUUUGCCUCUCUCAUGUCUGCUUUGGACACUUUAAGUAUCUAAGUGCUCACAACUACAAGAUUGACACCGAGGAAACUGACAGUGUGGAGAAUGGACGCCCAGUGUGCUCCUCUACUAUCACUAAGUCAGCGCAAAUGUACAUUGCUCAAGUACUUCAAGACCCAAAUUCAGAGGAGGCUGGAUCAGGAAGCAGUGAGGAUGACGGCCAGGGGUCCUCGCAGGACGAGGAAAUAAUCAACGUUGAAAACGGCUUGAAUGAGGACUUCCAGUCAGGUGAAGAUAGCCUCAUUGAUAAUGAGGUGCGGCACUGAUACUGCCAGAAACUGGGAAAUAUAAACAAAACAAAAAAAAAACCUUAAGUUGAACUUGAUGAGUGCACUGAAAAUGUGAAUUUAAAGUGGAACUGAACCAACGGUUCUCCAAAGCAUCUCAUCCUCCAUCGAGGGACCUUACACUAACAUAAGCACAUUGUGUACUAAGGAUUAAAUAGAUUGUCUCUCAAGGACAUCGUCUUCUUUAGGUCUCAUGAAAUCACAUCUUCUAUGAACCUGCAGUGGGAAUCUACAAAAUGUGGGCAACAGCAUCCUUUUGCCCCAACAGCCGAGGCACACCCCAAGUCACCUCAUAUGAAAGAAGACAUUAAUGCACAAAUGAAGAGUUUCUUGCCUUUUCUUGUAAGGGGAGUGAUGUAAACUGCAUUUCUUUAACAUUAUUGCACUUGAAUGAAAGAACCUGUAAGUUCGAGUUUCAUAAAGGUACUGCAGUAUGGCAUGCAAGUUCAAAGCAUUGAAGGGCCCUCCCCAUAAUCCUUUUCCAGUACCUAACUGUCUGCAUUAGAUGCUUCUUUUGAAUAAGCAUCUUAUAAGAGACAAAAAGAGGAGAUUCCAUGUCAACAGAUGGCUUAGUUUGUGCAGAUGUGAUGGUCUUCAGUGAUUCUUUUGUAGAAGCCUUUUAAGAAAAAAAAGAAAAAAACAUUUCCUACUAACACUCCAGAGUGCUUUGACACUACAUAGCUACAUAACUCUGGAUUUGUAACGUAAGCUUUUUUGACUUAGUAUUUAUUUGAAGGCAUGGAUUUAUGUUAAAUGCUAUCCAGCUUAAUAUUCCUCUAAACUGUGUAAUUCAUAUCUUGGCACACUACAUUGUUAAAAUGCUCUAAAUGGUGUUCAGUCUUUGAGCCUUUGUUGAGACUGUUGGUGGUUUGCUGCUACUGUUGCUGCCCCCUGUAGGGGGAAAUCUUUGCACGGCUGUUAAAGGAGGACUGGAGGUUGAGAGCCUGUGGAUCCUUUUGUGUUGAUCAGAGCAAAGGCCUUUUUUGUUUUUCCUGGAUCAGUUUCAGAUGACACUCAGUGCAACUGGUUCUUUAUCUACUGUUUUCAUUUAAAUCGUUUGUUGAUGUUUACGUCUAAAUGUAGAUAUCUUGAAGUAAGAUCAUUCUAAGUGGCUGUCAUUAGGAUGAUUUUAUGAUUCAUAAAAGCUAUUAGUCCUCUGUCAGGCCCUCUUCAGUGCUAACAUGUAGACAUUUCAUCAUAUUAGCAUAUUGCAAGUACCUGUAGUCAUAGAGCAUUGAUGCAGUUUCCCACUUGUCAGAUCGUUUAACUCAAAUUGGGUCAUUUUUGGAAAACAUAUCAAGUAUUUGCUUUACAGGAGAGUUAAGCAGUUAUAGCUAAUGACCAGUGAAUGAGCUCUAGAUCUGCUUAUCCUCUAAACAUGUCGUUAUUAAGGAAAGAGAAAACCAGGAAUUUAUUAAUUUAGCUGCUUCACGAGUUUUGAGUUGUGCACAUCCAUAUCUAUAAGGCCUCUGUCAUAUCAGUAGACAUGUACACAACUCCAUGCAGAUUCAAUACUUAAGAUAUUCCUGAUCUGCCUCAGUCAUAUGAACCAGCUUUUUUGUUUUACUCUAAUAUGCAAACACUAAAUAAGUUCUUAUGAGGAAAGUAGUGCCCACAUUGUUAGUAUCUCACUCAGGAUUUCUCUAACUUGUUGUCGUAUUAACUUCAUGUCUGCCUUAGUCAAAACACUACAGCUGCCCCUUUAAUCACAAAGAAUAUUUUUUGUACAGCAACACAAAGCAAUUAGAUUUCAGUCUACCACUUGUUCUAUUUUAUGGUCUCAUCUGUUCAAAGGACAUUGUUCAGUGAUGACCAAUUAGUAUUAUUUAACAUAAGAAACCAUACUACUUCGUAAAUCACUGUAGAAAAUAAUGCACUAAUCAUUCUGUCACUUAUAUGACUGACAAAGAGGAGUGUACUGCUGUGGGAGCAGCUGCAAGAAAAACAACUGGAACUUAAAAAGUUCCAAUUGGCACCACACAUGAGAAUGUCAUUAUGGUACUUACAAGAGAAUUGUUCGACACUGAUGCAUUUGGUGCUCUUCUAGUCAUGAUUAGGUGAUUUUUUUUAUUAUCAUUAUUAGUUUUUUUUUUUUUUUUUUACCUCUUCACUUUUAUACCUCCAAAAAAGUCUGUAAAUCUCUGAAUGUGUCCUGUGUAACUAACAGAUUCUGUCAGGCCCUGAGGGAGAUACUUAAAAUCAGAGCUGUCUAUAACAGCUCCUGGUUUUAAGCACUGAAUGUAGAUUUAUGCUACAAGUUCUGGUUAGAUAAACGUAGCCUCGGUAAUAGUGUGACUGCUGCAUUAAAACAGCUUUGAAUGGUUCUCUUACUAACAAGGAAUUUAGUUUUUUUUUUUUUAUACUGUAUAAGCAACGUAACUGGUGUCCAGUCCAGUGUCAGGGCUUUUUUUUUUUUUUUUUUAAAGUAUACUCGAGAUCUGCAGUUGUCAAUGGGAUACUUAGCAACAAUAUCAGGUAGUCUUUUCUUAAUUGUAAGCCUCUGUGAUGAUUUGUUUUCUUGUAGAUUAUCUUUAUUAACUAUUAAUAAACAGCUGUGAGUUACUGGAAGCAAAUGCAUAGUUUUUGUCAGCCACCAAGCCAACACAUGCUACUAACUUGUAUUCAGAAAGGAUAGUAAAAUGUUUCUGCAAGUCAAAACUGCAUAGCUAGAAUGUGUUUUUUUUUUUUGUUUGUUUGUUUGUUUUUUUGUAAUCUUGUCUUUUUAGUUUCAUAUUUCUGGAUAGGAAGAUUAACAAUAGCAGAUCUCUGCAACUGACUGUUUCAUUUGAUCAUUCUCUCUAACGGGCCGUUUGUACAGCAGAUAUCAGCAGAUAUGUGUUGUGUAUAUAUCAUAUAUCCAUGCUUCCCCUGAGCUCUUUGAACAAUAAAUCUGCAUUUAA